ACGUCCCAGCGCCAUCAUCGUCAUCAUCAGCCGCGGCGUUGUUAUGGUCGGUCAAGAAGAAGUCGAGGCGAGUUAUUAAUGCUUGUUAGUGGCCUGGCGGUUCGUCUUUUCCCUUCAAUAAUCUUCUACUGCCGCCGAGGGACACGCACCACGCCCUGGACUGCAUUACUUGGAGGCCACAGACAGAGCAGCCACGUCAUCCAGAAGCAGCUGACAAUGGAGUAUCCGAGUGUGAGGCGCGGGGACACUGUGGAGGAGCUGCAUGGCAUCAAGGUACCAGACCCCUAUAGGUGGCUGGAGGACCCUGACUCGGAGGAAGCAAGGGCGUUUGUCGAGGCCCAGAACGCCCUGACGGUGCCGUACUUGGAGCGCUGCAGCAUGAGGGAGAGCAUCAAGGAGCGACUCACCAAGCUCUGGGACUACCCCAAGUACUCCUGCCCCUUCCGGCGAGGCGACCGCUACUUCUUUUUCAUGAACUCUGGCCUCCAGAAUCAAAGUGUGAUAUAUGUGCAGGACUCUCUGGAGGGCGAGCCACGUGUGUUCCUCGACCCCAACACCCUCUCUGAAGACGGCACAGUGGCUAUCUCUGGUUCAGCCUUCAGCGAGGAUGGGGAGAUCUAUGCUUACGGCCUGUCCUCCAGCGGCUCAGACUGGAUCACCGUGCAUUUCAAGAAGGUUUCCACUGGGGAGGACUACCCUGAGGUGCUACACAAGGUCAAGUUCUCCAGCCUGGCUUGGACCCACGACCACAAGGGAAUCUUCUAUGGGAGAUACAUAGACCAUGAGGGCACAGCGGAUGGGACAGAGACAGUGAGCAAUGAGAACCAGAAGCUGUUUUACCAUCGCAUCGGCACAAAACAGGAGGAGGACGUGCUGGUGGUGGAGUUCCCCGAUCACCCCAAGUGGCGGAUUGGCUGUCGGGUGAGUGAGUGCGGGGGCUACCUGUUGGUGCUCCCCCGCGAGGGCUGCCGCGACAACCUCCUCUAUUUCGCCCCGCUCCCCCACCACUGCCCCCCCGACCCCCCACACCUCCCUCUCACCCUCACCUGCGUUGUCGACAAGUUUGAGGCCGAUUACCAGUACAUCACCAAUGACGGGUCAGUCUGUGUCUUCCGCACCAACAAAGGCGCCCCAAACUACAGGCUGGUGAAGAUUGACCUAGCCUCACCUGCACCCGAGCACUGGGUCACCCUCGUCCCGGAGCAUGAGAGGGACGUGCUGGAUUGGGCGGCGUGUGUGCAUCAGGACAAGCUGGUCAUCUGCUACAUAUCGGACGUCAAGAGUGUGCUUCAGCUACACAGCCUCGUCACCGGGGAGCUGCUGGUGCGCCUUCCCCUGGACAUGGGCACGAUCAGCAACUAUUCCGGGAAGCGUCACCACUCUGAGAUGUUCUACCAGUUCACGUCCUUCCUCUCCCCGGGCAUCAUCUACCACCUUGACCUCACCCAGAAACCCCUCAAACCCAAAGUGUUCAGGGAGAUCAAAAUCGACGGCUUCGACCCUUCAGAGUUCGAGACACGGCAGGUCUUCUACCCCAGCAAGGACGGCACCAAAGUCCCCAUGUUCCUGGUGCACGGGAAGGACUUACCCAACACCGGAGACGCCCCAACCCUUCUCUAUGGCUACGGGGGCUUCAACAUUAGCAUCCAGCCUUCUUUCAGCAUCUCCAGAGUCGUCUUCCUGCAGCUGUUCAAAGGCAUAGUGGCGGUACCUAACAUCAGAGGAGGAGGGGAGUAUGGCGAGGCUUGGCACAACUCCGGGCGUCUCCUCAACAAGCAGAACGUGUUUGACGACUUCCAUGCGGCGGCCGAGUUUGUGAUCCGCGAGGGGCUGACCAAACCGCCGCGCAUCAUCAUCCAGGGCGGCUCCAAUGGUGGGCUGCUAGUGGGGGCCGCCAUGAACCAGCGGCCGGACCUGUUCGGGGCGGCCAUCGCGCAAGUCGGAGUGAUGGACAUGCUCCGCUACCACAAGUUCACCAUCGGGUACGCCUGGUGCUCCGACUACGGCAACCCGGACGAGAAGGAGAACUUUGACAACAUCUACAAGUACUCUCCGCUUCACAACAUACAGGUUCCUUCCAAUGGCGUACAGUACCCGGCGACACUCCUGCUCACGGCGGACCAUGACGACAGGGUGGUUCCGCUACACUCCUUCAAGUUCAUCUCCGAGCUGCAGCACCGCGUUGGUCACCUGCCGUCCCAGAAAAAUCCGCUCCUCAUUCGCAUCGAGACCAAAGCGGGACACGGAGGGGGCAAGCCGACCAAGAAAGUGAUCGAGGAGCACACCGACAUCUACAGCUUCGUCAUGCUAGCGCUGGGCCUGGACCCUUCGCCGUCACCCUCGUAGGCGACCCGGCCUGCUCAAGUGUACCUCUCGCGCCUCUUGACUUCAUCUGCUCCUCCCUGGAAUUACAAAUCUCCUUCCUCUUUUAGUUAGAUGUCUUUUCCUUUUUAUUGCUCCAAAAUUUCUGCUUGCUAGUUCAUCUCCUUCAAUUUACCCUUUUUUCUUUCUUUCUCAUUCUUUUUCCUCUAAGUCUCUCUCUCUCAGUAGCAAGUUCUUCGUCUGUCUUCACUGCAUCUGUAUUUUUUUCUAAUUUUUCCCUUCUUUUUGUAUGGUCGUUAGGUUUGAGUUAGUUUUAUUUAUUCAUGUAUUUCUUUGUUCUUUGUUUUCGAGUGUUAGUUAGUUAGUCAAGUUCGUCGCUGUUGCUCAGAGUCCGUUCAGGUUUUGACACUUCCUCAGGUAACUAAUUUUUCUGCAAUGUCGCUCUGUCUUUUCUAUUUCUCUAUCUCCUUCAUUUUUCCUUUUGAUUUCUUUAUUUCUACCCUAAUUCUUAUUUUCCGUUCCUUAAUUUUCACUUUUUUUCUGCUUAAUUUACUUUUGCAUUAUCUUUUUUUUUCUAUUCCUGUUAUUUUUCCUUUAUAGCUCUUCAUUUUUGCUUCAUUUUUCCUUUCUGUUCCUCUAUUUCAACUUCCUUCUACUUACUUAACUUCUUCAUUAUCCAUCUUUUCUAUUCCUUCUUCCUUUUCUAUUCCUUCUUCCUUUCCUAUCCCUUCUUCCUUUUCUGUUCCUUCUAUUCCUCCUCUCCUUCAUUUUCUUGUGGCGUAUAUUGGUUCAGGCUUCAUUCAGGAGGGCAGCUCAGUCAAAGUUACGUCUAGCAAAGAUUUUUCGACUUUUUUAAACACACAACACACACCGGAUUUGAAGUGCCCGGGAUGGACAGAUUGGGUGCCACGCGUAAUUCCGGAAAAUUCGUCAGUCAUUCUUAUAUUUAGAUCAUUUAUAUUCGUUACUAUGUUCAUAAUUAGUUCCAGAGUAUUAAUUUUUUACUAAGAAACUAAUUAUCAUCUUCCCAAAUCCUGGCUCCUUCCUUCCUCUUCUUCUUCAUUUCUAGUUCAUCUUGUUCCAUUCUUGAGGUCGAACUUGCACUUCCCCUCCUCCAUCUUGCUCAGUGGGUACAGUGCUAAUUUUUUCCCUAUUUCUAACACUUCCAAGUCUUGAGUCACUGUUCCUCUCCAUGUUCUCCUUCUGCCCUCUCUCUCUGUCUCUUCUCACAUACUCAAACCAUUGCAGCCUUCUCUGUCUCACUGUUAUCUCUCUCCAAUAUGAACACACUAACCAACACAAAUGAUCUUGAGUCACUGUUCCUCUCCAUGUUCUCCUUCCACCCUCUCUCUCUGUGUCUCUCUUCUUAACAUGUCCGAAGCAUUGCAACCUUCUCUGUUUCACUCUCACCUGUAUCUGUCUCUAAUCACAAACACACCAACCAAUACAAAUGAUCUAAGUUAACAUAGUGACUGACGAACUCUCUGACAUCACACACGGUUAGGCAGGUCGAUAUUUUCAUUACAAAACGUACAGUAGUCAUUUUCGUACACUGUGAGGGCGAGGAGGUUCAGAUUCCACCACCCCAGCACUUGCUCACCACACCACUGACAGUACAGCAUCAACAGGUUCAUACAUAAUGGGAUCUGAAUGACAAAUAGGGUUCAAUGCAUACGUGAUCAGAUGCCCCCAAUUCCACCUGUAUCCCACCUUUCCUUGACCUUUAACCUAACUUGACCUUGCUUCUAACGCCAAGCCAAGGGGGGGUGUAAAGUAGUGCGUGCCAGCUCAUUGGUGCCAUAGGAGUCCGGGUUUAUAAGUGGCACUGCCCAAGCUAAGGAGUGCCAUGGGCCCAGUGUCAUAGUCCAGCACAGUGUCUUUGUAUGCUGCUAAACCUAACUGUAUUUCCUCCAUGCUGGUCAGGGUUGGACUUGGCACCAGAAGCAUAUAUUCAGUGACUUCCUGUAUAGUUUUCUCAAAUUUCUUAGCUUCUACAUGAACAUCAAACACUUUACUACUCCUUCAAGGGACUUUCUCUAUCUGUAAUAUCUGGUAUCUGUAAAACUCUCCAUAGUGAUCAGGCUUUCAACUUGGCACCAGAAGCUUAUAUUCAGUGACUUCCUGUAUAGUUUUCUCAAAUUUCUUUGCUUCUACAUGAACAUCAAACACUAUACUACUCCUUCAAGGGACUUUCUCUGUCUGUAAAAUUCUCCAUAGUGAUCAGGCUUUUGACUUGGCACCAGAAGCAUAUAUUCAGUGACUUCCUGUAUAGUUUUCUCAAAUUUCUUUGCUUCUACAUGAACAUCAAACACUA